AUCAGUCACCCUCACACUGACCAACAGUCCACUCUGUCUCUGUAAGAAGACUGCUGUUGAUUUUGACCUUUCAUUUAAAUUAUUUAUGUUUUAUGAGUUUUCAUUAACACAGCAGUUGUAAUAAGGUCAUUAAAUUAUAAAAUCAACUUUCUGAUUGGAAGCUGAAGACUACGACAGCCAUGUUGUUGGCAGAAGCUGGAUGUGUGUUUAUGGGUUUUAUCCUGUACAUCUCAGGUGUUCAGGGACAAACAAACAGCAUCUGUGCCUUAAAAGGUUCAUCAGUGGAUCUGCUCUGCUCAGCUAAACAUCCCACUUCAAGCAUGAAAUGGUACACUGCACACUGGAAUGGAUCUACACUUGUUCAGAAUGAACUCUCUGUAGAUGGAAAUCGUAUUACGUACGAGCCUGAAGAAAAUCAUCCAGCUCUAACAAUCAAUGACCUGAGAGAGAGUGAUGCAAACUUUUACUGCUGCAGAGAGAAUACUGACCAACCACAACUCUGCUGGGACAAUAAAAUUCAGCUCAUUGUUUCAGACCUGCAGGUAAAGGUGAUUCCUGCCACAGAGGGACAGACAGUAACACUGAUGUGUAGCACCAGCUGUCCUCUGACUGAAACCCCUGCAGCCUACAUCUGGUACAAGAACGGAGAGUUUCUCUAUCAGGACUGGUCUUCCUGGUACCAACAGCUGGUCAGCAGUGAGGAAGCAGUCAGAUACUCCUGUGCUAUCAAAGGCUACGAGGAUCUCAGAGCCCCUGAAGUCUCAGUGGAUUCUGUCACAUCAACUUGCUUUACUGUGACCUAUGCUAAAGGGAGAAUGUGUUCUUAUAAGCAGACAUCAGAGGAUGAGCCCUGCUCCAUCACAUAUCCCAGAGAAGUACAUGUUAACAGGAGUCCUGCAGCCAAUCAGGACCAUAUCAGUCUGACCUGUAACACCAGCUGUCCUCUGACUGCCACUGUGUGGUAUAAGAACGGACACAGAGAGCACGAGAGACCACCUUAUGUAGUUCCCAACACUUCUAUUGACACAAUCUUCUGUGCUGUAAAAGGUUUCGAGGAUCUGCACUCUGAUGAAGUCUGUGUUGAUGAUAGAAACUGUUGGACUGUGAAUUACGUCAGCAGGAGAAUCUGUGCUCUACAAGGCUCUUCAGUGGACAUUACAAGUGAAUAUUCUUAUCCCAACUACCAGCUGCCACAGUCUAAAUCUUGGUUUAAAAUAACAAGAAGUGGGAAGGAAGAAGUUAAAGAGCUGAUUGAGGCUGCAGGUCAUGUGGAGUAUUAUGACUACAUGAAGAACCAACACAUCCUGAGAAUCAAUAACCUGAAGAAGAAUGACUCAGCAGAAUACACAUUCAGACUCCAACAACAAAAUGGAGAAUGGAAACAGUCGGAUUCUCCUGGAGUGACUUUGGUAGUCACAGGCCUGAGAAUGAAGUUUACUCCUUCUGCAGUGGUGACAGAGGGUCAGAGAGUCACACUGACCUGCAGUACCAGCUGUCCUCUGACUGACAACACAAACUACAUCUGGUACCUGAACAGUCGACCUCUGACCCUGCCAGAGAACCAGAACAAGCACCUGGUUCUAGACCCAGUCAGCAGUCAGCAUGCAGGAAGAUACUCCUGUGCUGUCAAAACCCACAACAACAUCAGCUCUCGUGAAAAGACUCUCACUGUCCACAGUAAAACAGGAAAAUGGACACCAGCAGCAGCUGCAGGAGUCGGAGCUGUUCUCCUGGUUAUAAUACCUCUCACUGUCUUCUGGUGGAUUAGAAGAAAGAGGACUUCAGAUCAAUCUCCUACAACUGGAGCAACGGACAACACGGAGCAGCUAAACCCUGAACCUUUGUAUGAAAACAUCUCAGCUCCACCAGCAGAGCAGGAGGAACUUCACUAUAGCAGAGUCCACUUCUCCAGGACCCAGACAAAUCCUCUUUACUCCACCGUCCGACCACCUCAGCGAAAAGAACAGGAGGAUGUUGCUUAUGCUGUUGUCAACUUUAGAUCCAACAAGGUAACUCAUUCAGGAUCUACUUACUGGACUUACUCAUCUUAAUGUUACUGUUAAUGGCAUGUUACUGCCACAGUGGUGUGUUGUUGGAACAUUACUGCCUGAUAAGCCAGACUUUUCAAAUUCUACCACCAUUUGACCUCCUGGAGUCCCCAAAAGUACUGAGUGGAGAGCUUAGAGAUGUUUCUACGGUAUGAGUAACAACAGCCGAAAUGUGCUGGUCUCACAGUAAAGUUGAUCAUUGCCCCUUUAUCGUAGUUUGUCAGGUAUAAGUUCACUGAAGAAUUUAAUGCUUUGUUACUGGUGUGCUUUAUGUUAUUUUAUAUUACAUUGUUUUAUUUGCUGCUCUAACUGUAACAGCUGUAUCUGUAUAUCUCAAUAUCUGAUUUUGCUCUCAACAACAUGUUGUAAUCUGCAGUAUAUUAAAAGAUCAUUACAAGACAUUA